AUGCAGUACAUACAGUCAUUAAGCCUACGAGCCAAGUCUCUGAACUUAUAUGAAGCACCUAUUUCAUGUGAUCAAUCGCAAUAUCAUAGCCUUCUAGAGCUUAAGGGUACUAGUUACUUUGGUUUCAACCCACUAUUAUACUACCACAACAUAAAUACACCAGCAUUCGUUGUGAAAACAGAAGCGGAUUGCAAGAAGAGUUGUUUGAGUAAUGGUUCAGAGCCAGUUUCAGUGCAGAAACCUGUGAUUUCUACCAGAACGAAAUCAAGGUGCAACAUAGUCAUAUUGGGAUCCAGUCUCGUAGCUGUGUUUGGUAUACUUUCUUGGGUUCUCUAUCACUUCUUCAUUUUCCGGAAUAAAAGAGAUUCUGCAGAAGAUGUUGAGUUGUCUCUAGUUCAAGUGUCCGGGUUGCCUACCCGAUUUUCUUUUGAAGACUUGAAAUCCAUGACUAACAAUUUUACUAAUAAGCUUGGGGAAGGAGGAUUUGGGUCGGUCUUUUUGGGGACGUCGAUCGAUGGCACCAAAGUAGCAGUGAAGCGCCUGGAUGGUUUUGGUCAAGUUAAUAAGUCAUUCUUUGCUGAAGUUCAAACAAUAGGUAGUAUCCACCAUGUCAAUUUAGUGAGAUUGAUUGGAUUUUGUGCUGAAAAUUCUAAUAGGCUUCUAGUUUACGUGUACAUGUCCAACGGGUCCUUGGAUAGAUGGAUAUUCACAAGACAUCAAGAGCUCACUCUUGGGUGGGAAUCUAGAAGGAAGAUCAUUGCGGAUAUAGCCGAGGGACUUGCCUAUCUCCAUGAGGAUUGCAGACAAAAAAUAUAUCAUUUGGAUAUCAAACCCCAAAACAUCCUCUUAGAUGAAAACUUUGAAGCAAAAGUUUCUGACUUUGGAUUAGCAAAACUAAUUGAUAAGGACCAAAGCCAAGUUGUAGCGACAUUGAGGGGAACCCCUGGCUACAUGGCUCCUGAAUGGUUGAGCUCAAUUAUCACGGAGAAAGUAGAUGUCUAUAGCUUUGGGGUCGUGGUCUUAGAGAUCCUCUGUGGACGCAAAAAUUUGGAUUGGUCUCAGCCAGAGGAAGAGAUGCAUUUAUUACGUUUAUUCAAAAGGAAAGGAGAAGACGGACAACUUUUGGAUAUGGUCGAUAAAUACAAUGCUGAUAUGCAAUUACAUGGAGCUGAGGUGGUGGAGAUGAUGAAGCUUGCUGUGUGGUGUCUACAAAGUGAUUACCGGAGGCGGCCUUCAAUGACAGUGGUGGUUCAGGUGAUGAAGGGCCUCGUUAGUGUUCAAGACAAUUUGGACUAUAACUUCAUAAAUGCUCCGGCAAGAAGAACAAUGACAGCUACUAGUGAGGACUUGGAUGCCAUUGAUGAUGGCACUCCGUUAAUAGCAUCAGUUCUAUCAGGACCAAGGUGAAGGCAAGUUUAUAGAAAGAUCAAUAAAAAUUCAUUCGACUGUAAAUUAUGUUGACAAACCAAUUGGUCCAAGUCGUAAUUUCUUGUUAAAAACAUGUUAUCCUUUUCCUU